AUGAUUGAUUACCAUCCGGGAAAGGAGAACGCGGUCGCUGACCCUUUGAGCAGGAAGUCUCUAUUCGCUUUUAGGGCAAUGAAUACACAGAUGACCUUAUAUGAAGAUGGUUCCAUUUUAGCUAAACUGAGAGCUAGGCCGACUCUUCUCCAUCAGAUUUGUGAAGCUCAAAAAUGCAAUGAGGAAUUACAAGCUAAGAAAGUUCAGUGUGAAGCAACCAGUGAACCCGACUUUCAGACUGACUCUGAAGGAUGCUUGAGAUUUCGUGGAAGAAUUUGUAUUCCAAAGGAUACUGAGUUGAUCCAAAAUACUUACACGAGGCACAUAAUAGUAUAUGUCAGUUCAUCUAGGAAGUACGAAGAUGUACAAUAA